UCAUCAUCACUCAAAGGGGUCUACAGUGAGUAUAUUCCUGUCAGGACUUUGUCUGUUGGUUGUCAUUCUAAACUUAUUAUUGUAAGGAGAACUUUCAUUGGUUACCAAAACAUUUGAACUUGGCGGACUCCUCCUAACAGAGACUUGAGAACAAGAGGUGACUGUUGAACUUUGACCUGGACAGAACUUUGGUCCAACGGUUCUUCACAUGGCUCUUGAGAUGAAGAGCGUUUCUUCCUUUUCAAUAAAAAACAGUGAAUCGGACAUUUAAGAAUAGAGGAACGCCCAUCUAAAGUUGAGAUAGAAGGUAGAAGACCCCACACUUCUCAACUGAGUUCCAGGGAGCUCAAAACUCACUAAACAGAACGACAUCAGCUAAGGACGUAGCAAAGAAUCCACACAGGGUACUUGUGGGACACACUGCCUCAAGCGCACCAUGGGAGCAGCUCGCGUGAAGCGGCGCUUCAGUGCCGUGGUGGACGGGCCGCUGGAGGAGGAGGAGGUCAUGAGGCUGGCUCAGAGUGCUGCCGACACGGCCAGGAUGGGGGGGGGGCCGACGGGGUCAGGUAGCCCCGCCGGCCCCUCCCCCAGCCUCUCCCGCAACGGCAAAGCUCUCCCCCUGCAGGGCAAUGGCAGAGGUGUGAGGAGGCAGAGCGGAGCGGGGGAAUCUGGAGGAGGAGGAGGAGGAGAUGGUGGGAUGAGAGCAGGAGGAGGAGGAGGAGCAGGAGGAGCAGGAGGGUGCUCGGGGUUGAGGGGCGGUAGAGGCGCGGGGGGAAGGGGAGAAGGCUGUUCGUCCUCGGAGCGUGAUUCGCUGUCGUCCCCUUCCUCCUCCAGCCGCCACCACGCCCGUCGCUCCAGCCGCCGGCCCCGCCACCGCUUUGUGGGCAAGGACGGGCGCUGCAACGUGGCCUUCGUCAACAUGAGCGAGCGAGGCCAGCGGUAUCUCAGCGACCUCUUCACCACCUGCGUGGACAUCCGCUGGCGCUGGAUGUUAGUCAUCUUCACCCUCUCCUUCCUCCUCUCCUGGCUGCUCUUCGGAUUUGCCUUCUGGCUCAUCGCCACCGCGCACGGGGACCUCGCUGUCCGCCUUCACCCAGGCUCGGGGGCCUCUCCUGGGGCAGGAGAAGCCGGGCCUGGGGGGGUUUCGGACAGAGAGGCCGAGGCGGAGGAACCAUGCUUCUUCCAGGUCAACAGCUUCAUGGCAGCCUUCCUGUUCUCCCUGGAGACGCAGACGUCCAUCGGUUACGGCUUCCGCAGCGUGACCGAGGAGUGCCCCCUGGCGGUGAUGGCGGUCGUCUUGCAGUGCAUCGUGGGCUGCAUCAUCGACGCCUUCAUCAUCGGGGCGGUCAUGGCAAAGAUCGCCAAGCCCAAGAAGCGCAACGAGACGCUGGUGUUCUCCGACACGGCGGUGGUGGCGCUGAGGGACGGGAAACUGUGCAUCAUGUGGAGGGUUGGGAACAUGCGCAAGAGCCACCUGGUGGAAGCCCACGUGCGAGCACAACUACUGAAGCCAAGGGUCACCCCAGAGGGAGAGUUCCUCCCCCUGGACAACAUGGACAUCAACGUGGGCUUUGACGACGGCACCGACCGAAUCUUCCUAGUCUCGCCGGUCACUAUCGUCCAUGAGAUCGACGACGAGUCUCCGUUCUUCGAGAUGGACCGGCGGGCUCUGGAGAGCGACUCUGAGCUGGAGGUGGUGGUGAUCCUGGAGGGCAUGGUGGAGGCCACGGCCAUGACCACGCAGUGCCGCAGCUCCUACCUGGCCUCCGAGAUCCUCUGGGGACAUCGCUUCGAACCCGUGCUCUUCGAGAGGAAGGAAUGCUACCAGGUGGACUACUCGUUCUUCCACAGAACCUAUGAGGUUCCCAGCACGCCCUCGUGCAGCGCCAAGGACCUGGCUGAGCAGAAGUACAUCCACAGCUCUCGCUUGUCCUUCUGCUACGAGAACGAGGUGGCUCUCCAGCUCGUCUCCCCCGACCCCGAACUUGGCUCCCCUCCGCCACGACGGCCCCCCCAUUCAGAACACCCCCACACCAACUGAUCCGGUGUUGAGAGGGGGGGCACAGGGUAGAGAGGACCUGUGGUUCACAGGAAGACAGGGAGACAGACAGGGAGACAGACAGGGAGAGAGAUAGAGAGGGGGAAAGACAAGUUAAAUGGAAAAGAUAGACAGGUAGAAAGCCAGGUGGAAUCGAGAAAGGUAAGUUCUACCACAGAACAGCUCAGGGAAGAUAAAGAAUAGUUGGAAAGACUUGUUUAGAAUGAUAAUUCUUCUUACUAAGACAUAUUUAGGGGUUGUAUGUGUUGACAGAGUGAGGUAAGAUCAGGGUCCACAUGGGGAGACCACACUCACACAGUUGUCUGAUUGGGCCUGGCGGUCUUUCCGAAUCAUUCUAAACCCGUCUGCAAUGAGUCUCGGACCCGGCCCUUCUACCACCACUGAUCCACACUGGCUCCAGCACCUAGCUGACAGGAGACACUGCCCCCUGCUGGCUCCAACAUGCAACUGACAUGGAGAUGACUCGUGAUGACAGAGUAUGGUAAUGGUUCCUGUUAGGUCAAAUGUUUCCAUUAGGAUGGAAGCACAGGGGGAUGUUGUGUUCUCAGUUAAAAGGUUGGACUAUUUGUUUGAGCCAAUGUGGUGUAAAAUCACGGAGAAACACCUCAAAUAAGCAGCGAUUUAAGCCGUUUCUUUGACUUGUACUGUAUUCAGUGUACUUUUUCUUGUAAUGUACUAAUGUUAUUCAUUGUAUUUUAUUUGCAUGUGUAAAUCAAAAAAAAUUGUCAUCGUGACAUCACUGUCAUCUAUUGGAUGUUACAGUGUUGUUGAUGCUGUUGUUCGGUUUUUAAAGUAUUUUCCCUUGAGUUAUGUAUAAUGUCAACUGUUAGCAUCGCCGAACUGGUUUUGGAUACUGGUGGUGAGGAUGUUCUGGAUGGUAUUGGCUCUGUCUGUACUCUCCAGGGUAUGACUAAGAUCUGUAAGAGUAACUCUGUAAGUGUAAACUGACCUGUCCUCCCUGAUACACUACAUAUUCCUGUCUCUCUCUGGGCCCUUAGACAGAGGUAAAACUGUCAUCCUCCUCAGUUCAUAUAGCAUGACGAUGGAGAUUGGAUCCUGCACAGACCAGCUGCUGAAAGAUGGAAGCAUAAUUUAUUAGUUGUAGGAUAGAAUCACUUGUGUUUGGUCGGUUUUGGUUGGUGUCUGUCUCACGUGAAGAACCAGUACACUGGGUGGUGCCUUCAAAACAAGAUGCAUGUGUGCUUCAUCUGUCACUAUGCUGUCUGACACGUUUUAAACUGGAUUUUCUAUUGCGUGGCUAUUUUGUUGCUCAUACUAGAGUGAAGUACUUUUUUUUUUUCUCAAACAUCAGUUCACCACUUAUAUGGUAUAUUGUGUGCUGUGGGUAACAGGGUUUUCCAUGUCGUUGGGACACAUCUAAACCAGCACAAUAACUGUUCAGUUUUCACACUAUGUUGCUCUGUAUGUCAUAUACCUUAUACAUUGCUCAUCUAAAUUUAGUAACAAUUACAUUUUCUUUGGUCAGUUUCCUUUUAUUAUAGAUUCAUCUUGUUCUAUACUUUAUUCCUUGUGUGAACAACACAGCACUUGCUAAAUAUACUUCCCAGAGGAACUACAGGAUACCAGUGUAACUUGUCAUAAUGUACUGUUGACCGAUAGAGAUUGAUAAUGAAUUGAACGUGUUCUGCUGUGUCUGAUGGAAUGACGUCACUUGCUGCACAAAUCAGCCUAGAUGCUGACAACUUUGAAACUCUGUAUUGUAUUUUUGCACAGAUGUAUUAUGAUGUAAAAUGGCACCUGGGAAGAAAUAUCACAGAUUGUUGUCUGCAACAACGUUGAAAUCGCAACUGGAAUAUUUUCAAACCUCACAUGCAUAGAUAGCAGCCUGCACAACUCUUCACAACUCCGCACGGUAAUAAUAAUAAAAGAGAAGAAAAACCGUAGUAAACCAACUUUAUAAAAGCUGCUAUUUCUAUGGUUUGAUGCAUGGGAUGAGCUGUUAUUUUGACUGUUAUUAAUGAUCAUUUAUUCAACGUUUGUGUCUUUCCUUAUCAUGCCUCUUGACUUCCGUCUGCCGUGUUCUAUUUAUACCCGGGCCGCCGGUCUCUGGCCCGGUCUCUCUGCUCCACUUCCACGGAAUGUAACUUGAACCAAUCGUAGCCCUGACCCUCUGUGUUAUCGUUUUUUAACGUACCACACAAGCAAAAUAUAUGAAUAUUAUUUACUUGACUAUCCUUUGGUACUGCUUUGUUAGAUUUCUGAACAUGUAAAAAAAUACAAAUAAAGUUCAGGUCAUAGAUUUCCGUUAGUUUCGUGACACAAACGACACAAAAAUCAGCUAUUUCCUUUCUUCUGUUUAAUUGUUCUACAGUUGUUGUUUCCCUUCUCUGUAGUAUCGCUACAAUGUGAACUGUUUUGGGCAGAGAGCGGAUCAAAGGAAAACAAAAUGAAGGUUUUGAAGAAAUAAAACACAAUGAUUGCUAUCA